AUGUUUGGCUACCAUUAUCAAUUAGCUGAUGAAAUUCAGUGGACAUGUACUGUCAUUUGCAAUAUGAUACCCGUUCGUCCAGCCAAACGCUUUCAAUCAUCUGCGAAUGUGAAAUCGGAACGGGUGAGAAAAGGUGGUCUUCUCAAAGGACAAUUCUUGUUUGCACCGGACAUAUGCAUACCUGAAGACGACAUUCUACCCUCUACUUCACUACCACCGCCAGCACCAGUAUCUGAAACUCCAAAGCCAGUGACAUUAACUAAAAAAGUUCUGCAUGAUGAUUCGAGCGAAUCGAUAUCCACUUUACGCCGGAGUAAACGACAAUUAGGUAUCACGAAGUACAAAUCAGCAACGUCAUUCGAUUCGUUUAUUGAAAAUCAAUGUGAAGAUGGCUUGCAAGCUCGUCAUACUGGAACAGUACGAGGACGUGGUGUGUACACAACAAAGAAGUUUUUUCGUAAUGAUUAUAUUGUUGAGUAUGCUGGCGAACUGUUGACACAAAGCGAAGCGAAACAACGCGAGAAUAUCUAUGGGCGUAAUCAUAAUAUCGGUUGCUAUAUGUACUAUUUCAAAUGGGGUGAAAAAGUCUUCUGUGUCGAUGCUACAGAAGAAACGAAUCGAUUGGGUCGUCUGAUCAAUCACAGUCGAAAGAACAGCAAUUGUCAGCCGAAAGUGUUUGUUGUCCGAGAUCAACCACGUCUUAUUUUGGUUGCACUACGUAAUAUUGAGAUAGGUGAAGAAUUAUACUACGAUUACGGCGAACGUCGUAAAGAUAUUGUCGAAGCAUUUCCUUGGCUAAAUGAAUAA